AUGCGUUCAUUCUGGUGGGUGACGACCAUAUUGAGUUCCUCGGUGAUAGCUGCAGGACAGAAUAAUGAAGCAUACUCACAACCAUCCUAUCCGUCUCCUUGGGGCGACGGCAAAGGCGGUUGGGCGGAAGCAUAUGAGAAAGCGCGAGAAUUCGUGAGUCAGCUUACUCUUGUUGAGAAAGUGAAUCUGACUACGGGUACUGGGUGGAUGCAAGGCUCAUGUGUCGGCGAAACGGUCUCUAUUCCACGACUAGGACUCCGUGGACUAUGCCUACAAGAUGGACCUAUGGGUAUACGAUUCAGUGACUAUAAUUCUGCCUUCCCAGCGGGUGUCAACAUAGCCGCAACCUGGGACCGCUCUCUCGGCUACCUGCGCGGCCGCGCAAUGGGACGAGCAACCGAGGGAGGUCGAAAUUGGGAAGGAUUCAGUCCCGAUCCCGUCAAUACCGGCGUGAUGAUGGCUGAAACGAGCAAGGGAGCAUUCAGAUUGGUUGGGGAGGCAAAUGGCUACGCAUGCGCAAACAGCUAUACAUUAAACAACCUCCUCAAGCGCGAACUCGAUUUCCAGGGUUUCGUCAUAAGUGAUUGGGGUGCGGACACAUCUGGCGUGAGCAGUACCUUGGCUGGACUCGACAUGUCCAUGCCAGGCGACACACUCUUCAGUUCUGGCGACUCUUAUGGGAGCGCGAAUUUGACCAUCUCCGUCGUAAACGGCACUGUCCCUGAGUAUCGAAUUGAUGAUAUGGCAAUUCGUAUCAUGGCUGCAUAUUAUAAAAUCGGCCGCGACAAAUACCAGGUUCCUAUCAACUUCAAUUCAUGGAAUCGUGAUAUCGACGACCCUAUAUAUGCAACUGCAGGACGAGAAUAUGGCAUUGGUCGAGUCAAUGAGCACGUUGAUGUACGUGGCAACCAUGCCUCGAUGAUCCGUGAAAUCGGUGCGGCAAGCACAGUUCUCCUCAAAAAUACAGAUGGCGCUCUUCCACUCAGCGGAGAAGAAAAAUUCACCGCGGUAUUCGGAUCAGAUGCCGACGCAGACCCUGUGGGUAUUAACAGCGUGCUGAUCAUGGCUGUGACAAUGGCACUCUUGCCACUGGCAUACAACAAGAUACAAGCCCUGGCUUCGCAGGCAGACGUCGCACUCGUCUUUGUCAACUCUGAUUCAGGCGAAGAAUUCAUCGUUGUUGACGGAAAUGAAGGUGACCGCAACAACCUUACUCUAUGGAGAGAUGGGGACACACUCAUCAAAGCCGUCACACAGAAUAAUAACACCGUAGUCGUCAUUCACAGCGACGGGCCAGUGUUGGUAGGAGGUUGGUACGAGAAUCCCAACGUCACCGCAAUUCUCUGGGCAGACGUCUUAUACGGCCGCGUGAACCCCGGUGGCAAGAGUCCAUUUACAUGGGGCAAAGCCCGUGAAGAUUACAGCGCAGACGUACUCUAUGCACCCAACAACGGCGAUGAAGCUCCACAGAUCGACCUCACGGAGGAGCCAAUAUCACCCCUGUAUAUGAAUUCGGAUCAUGGACUUAGUUAUACAACAUUCGCAUACUCGAAUAUUAGGGUUAGACCGCUUCGAAACCCGGCUCCUUACGUCCCAACGAGUGGACUAACAGAACCGGCACCGGUAUUUGGGAAUUUCAGCACGGAUUGGUCCGAUUACCUCUUCCUGGAGUCGUCAGGUGAUCCUGAUUAUGGUCUAUCGGCUGAUGAAUAUCUACCUGAAAAUGCGACAUCUGCUGUUCCACAGCCAUUGCAUCCGGCUGGAGGCCAACCUGGAGGGAACCCGGGUCUGUAUGAGCAGGUUGCCAUUGUUACUGUUGAUAUCACCAAUACUGGCACUGUUUCCGGUGAUGAGUAUAUAUCCCACGGCGGCCCCGACGACCCCAAAAUCGUCCUUCGAGGGUUUGAUCGUAUCUCCUUACGUCCCCAGGAAACCAAGGAGUUCAGUGUGGUUCUGACUCGGCGCGAUAUUUCGAAUUGGGACGUCGUUUCUCAGAAUUGGGUAGUCACGGAGUAUCCCAAGACGGUUUAUGUUGGGAGUUCUUCACGUGAGUUGCGGUUGGAGGCAGAUUUGUCUUCUUUGUCUUAG